UAACUACUACCCGAGGUCAGAAACGAGAUAGAAUAAGUCUUCUCCAGGCAAACAAUAAGUGCACGUGAGUUUGCGUCAUCACAGAAUCAAGUGCGUUGUUAUAAUAAUUUUUAUAGUAAAACGAGAAGUGUUGAACAACAGGCUCCUAAAGAUUUGUUCUUAAAAAGUGGCGCGUUGGAAAAUUAUUUACGUGGAUAAUACUGACUUAUAUGAAAACGAAAUUACUGUUGCAGAGAUAGAUAUUUCUGUUUCAUCUCUAUCUUAACUGAGACGGAAUGAGACGGAGUAAGUCCUCUUCCUAGAGUAAGUUCCCCUGUACGUUUAUAUAUAGCGAGUGUCACUCCAUAGUAUAUAAGUAUAUGAUGUAUAUAUAAGGUCUAAGUUACAGAGGCGGAGAAUGACAGUUCCAUGGGCAAGUAGUGUACGUAAGUGUACGGAGUAUGUGCGAGUACUUAUCGCGCUGUCAAUUAAUCCACGUGAUGGUCGAAAAUUGAUGGUUACUUUCAUAAUUUUUGCGUUCCGUUCCAUCGAACGUGACUCGGAGUUAUUUGAUUCCCGAGUUCCUCGCUCGGUGUCAUGACUGGGUGUCAUGGACAAUGAAGGGAAACCGAUUCGCGUGGAUAUAUGCACGAACCGGAGAAGUUGGAUAGAGAAUGCUUAUUAAAUGACCUCACACUCCCCGUGACCAACAUUAACGACGCGAUGGAAAAAUUCGCUAUCGAUUUGGACAAAGUUCUGGACGAUUUCGAAUUUAAUGAAGAUUGUGCAGAGCAAAUAGCAUCUGUGAAUCCCUCGACAAACAAUGCGUCAUCAUCUUCUGUCAAAUGUACUUUGGAGCCGUCAACAUUGAAAAGUUAUAAUUACCUCCUAAUAGAGCCAAAAAAAGCGAAUAAGGAAUUCGACGUUAUAUUACCAGUGGACAGAACCAAAGAUUCACAGCAGAUAAGCACAAGGAAUAAAUGUGUCAGUGAACACGAUGCGAUCCCUGACAAUUUCAAUCACAGCGCAGAGAACACCACAAUACAAACUACAGAUGUUAAUCAAUUUUAUCCAGAAGAUAGCACAAACGAUAACAAGUUGAUACAUAAACAGUCCAUCUCGUCGUACGAGUCUGAACAGGUCCCACUGACCGUCUACAAUGACAUAUCUCAAAAAUACAUGCAGAAACAACAGAAUGGCAACAAUAGCCCAAAGAUUGACAAUAGGUACGACAAGAAGCUGAAUCAAUUCAACCUGAAGCCUAGUGUUAGCAACGUCUUCAGCAGUCUGAACGAGUACAUCAACACUCCACCAGGAAGCUCGGAUUGUAUUCGUUCUAUGUUAGAUGAGCAAGAGAUACAAUCUAAUUUAGAGCCGAAAUCCAUUUAUCAUGGGAAUGAAGUACCUCAGUUAAUCCAGAGCACUAGUAAAGAUAGCGAUAAGAUUAUAGUGCUUAAACAGAUAAUUGAUGUAGCUGAUUCAACUAGAGAAGCGUCUGGUCCUAUACAUGUCGCAGUGCCAGUACCAUUACCAUUAGCUUUACCUGUCCCAUAUGAAUCUAAUAUAAAGGAAGACGUUGCAAAGAACGUAACGAAUCUCGAAUCGUUAGAAGGUGAGGAGCGUCCGAAAAGCAUUGAGGUACAGGAAGUUUGCACAGGAUUGGAUAAUAAAACGGAAAUUAAAAAUGAGAACGUUAUUGACUAUAAUUGUGAUGCAGCUAAAGAAAAUGACUCCAGAUUUGAGUGUGGUUCCAUUCAAGAUUUUAGUUCUGAGAAUAAGGUGAAGGAAAAUGAGGAACAAACAAGAAAGGAAAACACAGAUGCAUUUAAGGAACACGAGAACAGUUCGAAUCCGAAACAGAUUGGAUUUAGUAAUAUCAGUGAUAUAUCAGAAGAUGAGUUGACUAAAUAUUUAACUGAGUUGGAGGAGGAAGAGAAAUUAAAAGAAAGUUGUAAUAAACAGGAGAAUAUCGUGAAUAAAUCGCAGAAUGAUUCUCAUAAUGAAAAGGAUGAGAAUAAGCAAAGUUUUCAUAUUUUUUCAAGUACCGUCAUAGAACCUUCGAAUAUGCUAGAAUCUGAAUUAAAUGAAAGGGAGGAAAGCGUUUCGAUAGUUGAAUGUAAAAACGAGGAAAAAAAUGAAGAAACGUUGAACGACGCUUCGGAGCAGCAAAAUGUACAACGCGAUGAUCAAGUAAAGGAAGAUAAACAUAUUUUAAAUACUUUAAGUAGCAAAGAAUUGAAAUUGGCGCAUGCAGUUAACGCGGAUAGACAGGAGAAGAUAAAGUUAGAAGGCGAAUGCGUGGCUAAUGUAAAAAGUGUUAAAGACAGCCAGGAGCAUUCGAUGUACAGUAGUUUAAAUAUUAAUCAGGGAUCAUUGAAUAACGGUAAAACCGAGCUGAAAGAGGAGGAAGGAAGUACCGAUCAGGCUAGCGAAUUGAAAAAGGCUUGCGACAUUGAUAACGAAGAGAAAAAUGCAAUAACAUCUGAUCUGAAAGUGUUCGGUGAUAAGACAAAGCGCAACGAUGAUGUAAUGUCCACGUCUGUAAAUAUUUCCGCGAGACCAAAUGCAUGCGAUACUGGCGAUGAAUUGGAGAAGCCUGUUCGCCCACAAACGUUGGAUAUUGUUCUAACGAACAAUAGCAAUGAAAACCAGCCGCUUGGUUCUACAAGCGACACACCGUCGAGUCAAGUACAGCCGGAUGCCGACGCUACGAAGGAGGAGCAGGGAUCUUCGCCGGAUAUCUUAGAGAAUUCGAUAUCGGAAUCCGGCUCGGUUUUGGGGAAGCAACCGCCGUUCUGGGUGCCCGAUAGCUACGCGCCCAGCUGCAUGCUCUGUGAUGUUAAAUUUACAGUACUGAAAAGGCGACAUCAUUGCCGUGCAUGUGGCAAGGUGUUGUGCAACAAAUGUUGCAACAUGAAAUAUAAAUUACAAUACCAAGGGAACAUCGAUUCGCGCGUCUGCGUUCCUUGUUACCAGCUUCUUACUAAAGCCGAAACGGAACAAAAUGUGGGGGAAUGGUCGUCUGGUUAUUCAACUUGCAUACAUAAUAAUGAUAUCAAUUCACCUCAGGGGAGACAGCCUAAUCCAAAUAAUCCCAUGGAGUACUGUUCAACUAUACCACCCUUGCAACAGUUAGCCGGCGGACUGCCUCCACCUCCAACCGUCAUGGUACCAGUCGGAGUCCUUAAAAGGGAGGGCGGCACGAAAAAUCGGCCUGAGAUCUCGAAAUCUGUUAUGUUCAGUGAUGAACUAGACAUGUCCUGGGACUUGAGACCGCCGUACCGGAAGUCAGGGAGCAAGAGGAUACCGACGCCCGGCUCCUCCGUACCAAGUACAUCAAUCAAGAAGCAAAACCUACCACGUAUGGACCCGAGCACUGACAGCUACGUACCGCAAGAUCCUAAUGCUCUCCCGCCAACCGUAACGAUACACAAAGGACAGGUAUCGUAUCAUGCUGUCACGGACGAGGAUCUCCUUUACAAAAUGCUGAAGAACGAAUGUGAGCCGCCUGUUAUGUUUGCGAUCAAUCGGAAUCUGUAUGCAUACGUAAAAAUAGUAACUCUGAACUGCUGCGUGAAUAAGACAUGUUGGAACGUAACGUCCAAAGGAUUGGACUGCGUUGGUCAAGAUGAAAUUAUACUAUUAAUCGAAGUACUGCCUGAGGAAACCCGGGUUCCCAAGGAUCUCCUCCUUUUUAUCAACCAGUUAUUCCUCGAAGCUACCAAAGGGAAUACCGUGACCGAGCUGGGAUUCUCGAUAUACCAAGGAGGAAAUUUUAUGGAUUCUCGUGAACACGCGGGAUUCUUAUUUAUACGCCAGACAUUGCAGUGCUUACAAAAAAUCAUAUUACCACCCGCGCCUUACUUAUUCGGUCUUUUAGUUCACAGGUGGGAAACUCCAUGGGCAAAGGUAUUCCCUUUGCGCCUGGUUCUACGUUUGGGAGCGGAGUACCGUUAUUAUCCUUGCCCGCUAUUUUCCGUACGCUUCCGGGACGCGUUGUAUUUCGAAAUAGGACACACGGUGAUGAAGGUUCUAGCAGAUUUCCGAAACUUUGCGUAUACGUUACCAGGCGUGAGGGGUCUUACCAUUCAUUUGAGGAAUAGAAUGACGGACGUGAUGUUCCCGAGGAAUCGAUACGAUCAAGUGAUCAAAGGAUUGAACAAUUCGAAUGAUCACGUAUUAGCGUACGCUUCGAAUUUUAGCAUCGCCGCCGAUUCGCAUCUGGUUUGCAUACAAACGAACACCGGCGACGAAAGCACUUAUCAAACGCAGGCAAUAAGCAUCAACAAUAAUCCGAGAACGAUAACGGGUACGAGCUUUAUCGUCAUUAACGGCGCGUUAAAAUCGUCGAUGGGUCUAUCUGCGAAGUCGAGCAUAGUCGAGGACGGAUUGAUGGUAGAGAUAAUGCCGGAGAAAAUGGAAGCGUUAAAGGCGGCGUUGAAGAAUAUGCAAGAUUUCUCUAUUGGCUGCGGACGACAAGGUGCACCCGAGCCAGAUGAAACUGUGAAUAUAAAGUGGGUCGGGAACGAUGUACAGUUUAACGUAGGAGUUAAGAGUCCCAUCGACGGGCAACCGAUGGACGGCGUCCCUUCGAUCAGAGUUCAUAAUGGUAUCGAUUACAAGGGAACGAGUAGAUUUAUCCGUUGGACGGAAGUAUUUAUUAUCAAUUCUGAUGAUCAUCCGAAUGGAGUUUACGACCCGGUGGAUAUAAAUAAAUUAUCAGGGAACAUAGCGAAGGCGACGUGUACAGCUUUAGUCAAACUGUUGGAUCUGCUAGCGAACGCUGGGUUAACGAAACUUGCUGUAAGGACAACCAUCCAUCCUGAUAACGUGGGUUACGAGGCUGGUAGCGAAGGUAUGAAAUUGCCACCGAUCUACAUGAACAGUUUGGACAACGAAUUGAUUCAAGUGUUACAUAAAGCAGCGCAGAAUAGCCAAGACACACAUACUGUACUUGAAUUAAUUUUUUACAUACUCGACGAUUGAGAACACCCACACCCGCUCAACUUGCUUUGUUAACGCGAUAGAAAUACGAAGAUCGCGAUGUUUGUACACCCUCGAAAUGUACAAUUAAAGGACACGUGGAACCAUUGAAAAUAAGUCGAUCUUUUUAGGAGCGGAAAAUAUUUUCUAUCCGUCUAACUAAUAAUCUUAAUAGAUUUAAAGCAAAGGAGCGGAGUUAUCGUUACGAUGAUAUAUCGAAUCACGUUCAUAUAUGAUUCUAUAAGAAGGAAUAUCCUGUUCAAAGCUGAACAAUGAAAUUCACUUAACAUUCUGUUAGCUUUAAUACUUUGGGUUCUGGAACUCACAUAUGGUUUUCGCCUUUUUAUAGAGAACGGGGACGCCGGCGGUAGAUCACAUUUUUGUAUAUUAUAUAUAGAUAUAAAUUUUAUAAAGGAGGAACAUAGAUGGGAAAUUUUUUGCGACUAAAAUCAAAAUGAAGUACCAUUAUUUGUUAUCGUGUAAAUAUGUUUGUUUUGUUGUUAUCCGUGUAAUAUGUGUAUAACGAUGGUUGAUAGUAUUUUUUUGUCGAGAGAAUAUUAAAGUAUUAAUCUAAUAAAUUGAAAGAUUAUUAUUCAUCUUUUUGUACAGUAUUAACGAAAGGAAUCUUUUAAUUUUAAGGAGCAAUUCCUUUUUAUAUUCGCGCAUUAACACGUAUACACGUUAAAUACUUUUAAUGUAGUAGUUAGAAAAUCGUUAUAUUCUAAUCAAGGAUUUGAGGUUUAAAGCUAAUUUAAGUAUCACGACACAGGGGAUCGUCUAAUUUGUUUCAAUGUGAUUGUUAUCGUCGUACACUGGAAAUGAAAUCGUCCAUAGAAUUCUUUUAUGCUUAGCUUUGUCCUGCUCUGUGAUUUUUCUAUCGAAUUUUUCUAUUACGAGGUCGAUUAAAAAAAACAAGACUACAAUAGAAGGAUUCUAAAUAUGAAGAUCUAAUGCAAGUAGGUUUAUAUAGUUACUAAUGACACUGUGUAAAUAUGUACAAAACUGAGGAUUAUACUAAAAAAAAACUUA